UCAGCCAUUUCCUAAACGGGUCCAGUGCUAGUGGGUGAGUUUGCAGUUACAGGAGGAGGACGGACCCAGCUGGCCUCGCCUUCUCCAGGCUAGGAUUAGCAGACGACAGUGUUCUCCUGUGAGGACGGUGCUCAGGUGGAUGAAAGCCUGUCUAACGGGCCCGUCAGCUCAGAAAACACCGCUUGGACAGGAGCAGCUGGAGGCUUGGCUUUGCAGCAGGAGCAGCCAUGGCGUUGAAGAUCGUUAAAGGCAGCAUCGAUCGGAUGUUCGAUAAAAACCUUCAGGACUUAGUACGUGGCAUUCGGAACCACAAAGAAGACGAGGCCAAAUACAUCUCCACAUGCAUCGAUGAGAUCAAGCAGGAGCUCAAACAGGACAACAUUGCCGUCAAAGCCAAUGCAGUGUGCAAGCUCACCUACUUGCAGAUGCUUGGUUAUGAUGUCAGUUGGGCUGCAUUCAACAUUGUUGAGGUGAUGAGCUCUUCCAAAUUCACCUACAAGCGAAUUGGUUACCUGGCUGCCUCACAGUGCUUUCAUGAAGGCACUGAUGUCAUCAUGCUGACAACCAACCAGAUUCGCAAGGAUCUCAGCAGUCCAAAUCAGUAUGACACUGGUGUAGCGCUGACUGGCCUCUCCUGCUUUGUGACCCCUGACCUGGCCCGUGACCUGGCCAAUGAUAUUAUGACUUUGAUGUCCCACACUAAGCCAUACAUUAGGAAGAAGGCUGUGCUUAUCAUGUAUAAAGUAUUCCUAAAGUACCCUGAAUCCCUGCGUCCUGCCUUCCCCCGUCUCAAAGAGAAACUUGAGGACCCUGACCCAGGUGUGCAGUCAGCAGCAGUUAACGUCAUCUGCGAGUUAGCCAGAAGAAACCCCAAGAACUACCUGUCCUUGGCGCCCCUUUUCUUUAAGCUGAUGACUUCCUCCACCAAUAAUUGGGUCCUCAUCAAGAUCAUCAAACUUUUUGGAGCCCUCACCCCUCUGGAGCCUCGUUUAGGAAAGAAGCUGAUUGAGCCCUUAACUAACCUCAUCCACAGUACCUCGGCCAUGUCCCUGCUGUAUGAGUGUGUAAACACAGUGAUAGCAGUGUUGAUUUCUCUGUCCUCUGGGAUGCCUAACCACAGUGCUAGCAUUCAGCUCUGUGUGCAGAAACUGCGAAUCCUGAUCGAAGACUCGGACCAGAACUUGAAGUACUUGGGUCUGCUGGCUAUGUCCAAGAUCCUUAAGACACACCCGAAGUCUGUACAGUCACACAAGGACCUGAUCCUGCAGUGUCUGGAUGACAAGGACGAGUCCAUCCGACUGAGGGCUCUGGAUCUUCUCUAUGGCAUGGUCUCUAAGAAGAACCUGAUGGAGAUUGUAAAGAAGCUGAUGCUGCAUGUCGAUAAGGCUGAAGGCACCACAUAUAGGGAUGAGCUGCUAACCAAGAUAAUUGACAUUUGCAGCCAGAGCAACUACCAGUACAUCACUAACUUUGAGUGGUACAUUAGCAUUCUGGUGGAGCUAACACGACUUGAGGGCACCCGGCAUGGUCAUCUCAUUGCCUCUCAGAUGCUGGAUGUGGCCAUCCGCGUGAAGGCCAUUCGAGCAUUCGCUGUGGCUCAGAUGGCGAUGCUGCUGGAUAAUGCACACCUGCUGACAGGCAACAUGCAACGCAAUGGCAUUUGCGAGGUCCUCUAUGCUGCUGCUUGGAUCUGCGGGGAAUUCUCCGAACACCUGGAGGACCCCAUGCAGACACUGGAGGCCAUGUUGCGGCCCAAAGUGGCAACCCUGCCGGGCCACAUCCAGGCUGUGUAUGUGCAGAACGCUGCAAAGCUGUUUGCAACAUUACUGCAGAAACAUGAGGGGACAGAAGACCGCCAGGUUGCCCAGGAGGCUAGCCAACUGCUCAUUGAGAGGCUGCCGCUGUUCGUCCAGAGUGCUAACCUGGAAGUGCAGGAGAGGGCAUCAUGUAUUCUACAGCUGGUGAAAUACAUUCAGAAGCUGCAGCAGAAGGAUGUGGAAGUAGCUGAGGAGGUAUCUGCCCUGUUUGCAGGAGAACUUAACCCUGUGGCUCCUAAAGCUCAGAAGAAAGUGCCUGUGCCUGAAGGACUGGAUCUGGAUGCCUGGAUCAAUGAACCUCCAUCUGAAAGCGAGUCUGAGGAUGAGAAGCCCAAGACUUUGUUUGCUAAAGAGGAGCCCAAGCACACUCGACCUCGCCACACUGAAGUGGAUGAGAAAGAGUUGGCAAGGAGAAGGGAAGCCAGGAAGCAGGAACAAGCCAACAACCCCUUCUACAUCAAGUCCUCCCCAUCCACUCAGAAGGUGUAUCAGGACACGCCAGGUGUAGAGCACAUUCCAGUGGUACAGAUUGACCUCAGUGUGCCACUCAAAGUCCCAGGGAUGCCCAUGUCUGACCAGUACGUGAAGCUGGAGGAGGAGCGUCGGCAGAAGGAGAAGGCGGAGAAGAAGAAGGAGAAAAAGAAGAAGAAAGAGAAGCGGGGGAAGGGGAAAAGACGUGACUCGGGCCCUGAGAGUGAGGAAGACAUCACGCCUGCUCACCAGGUGGACAUAGUCACUGAGGAGAUGCCAGAGAAUGCCUUACCGAGCGAUGAUGACGACAAAGACCCCAAUGAUCCACACAAAGCUCUGGACAUUGAUUUAGACAAGCCCCUGGCAGACAGUGAGAAGCUGCCAGUGAGGACACACCGCCCUGAGGCGGUUAAGAGCCCUGGGGCAGAUGAAGAUGGAGAGAGUAUCCAACAAGAGCCUAAGAAGAGGAGCAGCAAGGAGAAGAGAGAGAAGAAGAAGGACAAGGAUAAGGACAGGAAGAAGAGCAAAGAGGAAGAGAAAAAGAAAAAGAAGAAGAAACACAAAAAUGAUGUGGAGGAAGAGCCAGUGGAGCCUCACUCAGAAAACCCAGUGCAAUCAGAAGAGACCGGUGAGGUGGCAGUGCCACCUACUUCCACAUCUGCUGAGGUCUCCGAUUUGGAUUUCUGGCUCUCUAGUGCUCCUGUUCCCCCACCUGCCAAGGAGGUAGCAGUUCCACCACCGGCCCCAGCUUCUGAGACGAGCGUAGCUGCAGCCCCAGACUCUGAAUCGGAUGAGCCCAAAGAUGAAGAACUUGAAGAGGUGAAAUUGUCUAAACAUAAGAAGAAAAAGCAGAAGAAAGAAAAGGAUGAGAAGAAGAAGAAAAAACGCCAUCACCAUCACCACCACACUGAGGGAGACGGGAGGGAUUCGGUACAGAAUGGCACCGUGGAAGAAGAGGAGCCUCUACCGCCCAUGUCAAACUACUGUCUCCUAGCUGAAAACACGUACAUUAAAAUGGUGUACGAUAUUCAGGGAAAUUUACAGGAUGGCAGUCAGGUCGUGGUGUCCGUCAUUUUUGAGAACAAGAGCAACAGUUUCCUGAAGUCGAUGGAGUUCAAUGUGCUGGACUCCCUCAAUUCAAAACUCCAGCGGCCGGAUGGAGCAGGACCCCAUGAUGGGCUCGUCGUGCCCUUCCAACUGCCACCAGGGGUAUCAAAUGAGGCCCGUUUCGUGUUUUCUGUGCAGAGCAUCGUCAUGCCUCAGAAACUGAAGGGAACCCUCACCUUCAUAGUAAAGUCGGAAGAUUCCUCAACUCAUGAGAAACUGGACUUCAAACUGCACUUUACCUGUACAUCAUACCUAAUCACAACUCCAUGCUACAGUGAUGCGUACGCUAAGCUGCUGGAGUCCGGGGACCUCAAGAGCAGCUGUCUGAAGCUGGAGGGAGUUAACAUGCCUUUCCACCACCUGUUGGCUAGAAUCUGCUUCCAUCACCAUUUCUCUGUUGUGGAGAGGAUCGACUCCUGUGCCUCCAUGUAUAGCAGGUCAAUCCAGGGUCACCAUGUCUGUUUGCUGGUCAAAACCGCUGAUAAGACAGUCUCCAUUGAUGCUAAAUGUGAUGAGCCGUCGCUGCUGGGGAACGUGCUGGAAGAGAUAAAGCAGACCUUCUCACAAUGCUGAUUGUGUCCGAGACCAACGGUGCCCUUGACCUCCCGCUCCCAUGUCCCUCUUGCUGAAUCUGACACUCAGAAUCCAAUCACAAACACUGAGGCUGGUUUCCCCUCGUCUCUACCGACCUUUAUAUUUAUUGGAACUCUUGAUUCGGUUUAACUUUCUCUCUCUUGCCUCUGUUUUUGUUCUCGUCUGCUUGCGUGUCAGCCUCGGUCUGAUGUUCAAUCUCGCUAGCCUCGCCGCCACAUUCUGCUCUCCCAUUGUCUUAAUAGUCCAUCUCUCCGUUUAUUAACUGGAUUUAUUUGUUUGAAUGUUGGUUGAGAAUUUUUCUUUUUGUAUUGUUGCAUUUUGUUUGCUUUCUUCCAUUUCAGUGUUUUUCUGUCUUUUUGUUUUAAUCUUUUGAAAUGAACUUGAGUUUAGUGUCUUCCUCCUCAGUCUGUCUGCGUGUUUUUUUUUUGUUUUUUUUUUAUGCUUCAAGCCCCGCCCACCUUUUCUCCAAGCUGCCAACCUAAAUUUUAAUUUUACACCAUCACGAGCCCUGGAAACAUGGUUCCAAAAGUGUGCUAUCUGAAAAUCUGGCUGGUUUUGGAAACCACAUUUCAAUUUGCUUGGACUUAUCAACAAAACCAACUAUCUAAUGGCGGUGCCUUUUUUUUUUUUUUUUUUUUUUUUUUUUAAAUAAUGGAUGACCGAUCGAGAUGUCUACUCUUCUCUCUUCACACUGACAGAAUAAAUCAAACCCCACACUCUUACACUUGUUAGAUUUCCAUGUUAAUAUAAAGCACACUAAAAGAUGCUUUUGAGGUUUGCAAGUGAUGAACAGUAUAAAUUAACACAUGGGAGAAUUAUUUAAUGUCAUUACUCCUGCUUGCUGCUUGUUUAACAUGACAUAAACCAGAUAAAUGUCUCUUUUAGAAGAUCCCACACACAUUAUGAAGGAUUUUGAACUCUAACAAAUCAGUGACCAAACCAAAAGUAUCAGAUGAAAUCAUUUCUUCAGUCAGUAUUGUACUUGGUGAUAUAUCUCUCUCUCUCUGUUUAUGAUAAGCUGCAGAUCUUUUUGUGCCCUCCACGUCACUACCUGCAUCACUUUUACUUCCUGUAAACUUGAAUGCCAGACUCAUGCCUGUUUUUGUCUGUUCUCCUGCAGCAGUUGUGUUCACUUGGCAAUUGUGCAGAGUUGCAUUUCCCUUCCAUAUACCUUUCCCACUCAAAUGUACUGACUAAAUAACUUGCUCGAGUGCAAGUCCUAGUUUUGUGCAUCUGGUCUAGCACUCCGUAGCACAAGAAGCAGGAGGCCCUAAAAUAAAGAUUUGUUGCUCUGUUUGAUUGGAGCGCGUUAUUCAGCCGUUAAAUGACUGACUAGCCAAUGGUUUCGGGCAAAAAGCUUCUAAUACAGCUGAAAGCAAAUGCCGGCCAGUAAGAUCCAGGCUGUGGCAUGUCUCUCUCCCCCACCCCAAAAAAGUGCAGAUUUCUAUAAUCACAGGCAUGUGAUCAGUGGACAUGUCUGAAUGAUAAGUGUAAUAUACGAACAUGGGUGAAACCAUAACAUACAGAGAAGCAACUGUAUUUUUUUAAAAGGAGACAGAUUUUGUCAGUUAAUUUCAAAUUUAUCUUGCAUGAGGUUUUUUUUUUUUUUUUUGGUCUGUCUGAGGACAUGCGUACAGCCAUCCCUGGCAUUUACCUUGUUGCAUUUCCUGGUUUUAUUUUAUAUAAAAAUAUAUAAUACAGUAUAUUAAGUGUAAAUUGGCUUCAUCAUACUACACUUUGGAUUGUAUAAUAUAUUUUUAUCUGUUAAGAGUACAUACAGUUUAGAAAAAUCUUGGAAUGGUUUUAAACCCUUAAAUUUUGCAUUAUCAUAUUAGAAGGCCGGGUUUUGUUGAUGUUAAGGCGCUGAGAUAGGGUGUAACCAGCUCAUAAAAGCAGCCCAUGUACUGACACCCCCCCACCCCUCCAGACCGAUUUCCCUGAUCAACUGUAGCGCAAAUCUUGCUGGAUUUUUGCUUGUAUCACUCAAUGUACUCUCAGUGCUCUUUGUUGGAAGGUACUGAGUCCUUCAACUAUGUAUUUUCUGACUGUAUGAUGUAAUAUAAUGUUUCAAGAAUAAAUGAGAAUGACCAGUGAUUUUGUUCUUUACAUUCCCUUUAAUUGAGAGGUUUACCCAGCAGAAUUAGGAUAGACUUGGGCUGCUGUAGUUUUUUGUUGUGUGAAGGUGGUGUACCAAUAAAUUCCCACUUCUUCUGAA